AUUCACCUCCCCAGUGACUGGGUUAUCUGCCAAACAUGUUGUCAACAUCCCUACGCCGGGCGGCAUGGACUCCCAUGCCGCUUCCUGGGAUAACUCGCUCCGGUCAAAACCUUACCAGCAGCUUGCUCGGCGCAACCCGACCUCUGCACCAACGCCGGUAUUCCUCCUCAUCCUCUAAACCGCCCGUCCCGCCCAGCGAUGGCUCCCGACGAAUCGACACCUCUGCCCCGGCGAAGGGAGUCAACUCGUCUAGCGAGAAGAGCAAGGCUAACCGCCGUCGGGGGAAGGACAGCUCUACCCGAAACGGAUCUUCAAAGUCUAGCCAACAUACGGCAUUUUCCAACCUCCCAAGUGUUCCCUCGACACAGCACCGACAGCCACAUGAUGUCCAUGUAGCAUCGUUCUUCUCCAUCCACCGGCCAAUCUCGGUGACGACUACUGUGCCCCCGACCUCAAGCACCGAUGCCUUCGAAGCGAUCUUCUCGUCAAAGCGGCCUUUGAAAAAUGAGCCAGAGGACGUCAUCUUCACUCUUUCCUCCGCCGUGCAGUCGAUGGAAACUGGCUCUCAGGGCGUGUCAGAGUCUGAAGACCAGUUCCGAAGCUUCAGCGAACAGGACGGCGAACUCCGCAUGCUGGAUGGCCCCGACGCAAAGUUGUCCGUAGAGGAAUUCACCCGUCGUCUUCGCCCAUUCCAGCCUCCUCCCCCGCCCGUCCCCAUGGACACAUCCGCUGCCGAGACUGCUGAGAUUGCCGAGUCCACCGAUGCUCAGAUUGACAACGAGUACCAGACCUACUCGACCGUCCUGACUAUCCGCGAGGCUCGUCACGCCGACGGCCGCAAGACCUACGAGGCACACACGGGACCUUUCGUUCGCAGCGGAGAGAUGGAGGACCCAUCUGAUAUGCGCGACGAGAUCUCCAUCGAGGCGCCCUCUGAUCCCACCGCAGGUAUGACAUAUAUGGAACGUCUGCGCAACAACCGCACCAUGCAUGCAAUCAGCACCAUGAGACGGCGCAAGGCCAAGAUGAAGAAGCACAAGUUCAAGAAGCUGAUGAAGAGAACGCGUACCCUAAGACGGAAACUCGACAAGUAGACCCGUGCUUGAGGUUUCCUGGUUUACCUUUGUUCUUUUUUCUGUCAGUUGCAUCUUGCCUGCGUCUGUGCAUUUUGGGUCGAGGCUAGUCUUGUAAGAGAGAGUUCAGGGCAUAUAUCCUUGUUUUCAUACAUUUUUUUUAUUACUUUCCCGUUCUCCUUUACCUAUUCUCUCUCGCCGAUACUCGAUCAAAUAUCCACACAUACCUCUUCUCCGUUGGUCUUUUUGCUGUACUUGCGCAGAAGUAAGUGCGGUCUUUGGCUUCUUUGCUAUGAGGGCAUUAAAUCUCCCCAUGCAUUGCAGUAACCCAAUAGAUCUCCAUUACUCGAUUUAUGUUAUGGCGCUGCUGCUGCGUUGUCUGAUUUGAGUGUCUGAUUUGAGUGUCUGAUUUGAGUGUUUGUUCUAUUUCAGUAAAUAUGAUUAUGUCGCAAUAGAGGAGGGAAUGUCUCGACUUGAUACCGUCAUUUCCUAUAAAAUUCCUCC